CAUAGGAGGAGCGUGGGACCUCCGCCGCCUUCGCCAUCACCCUCGCCACCUUCCCAGACCAACUCCAGCACCCCGCCCAGUACAAUGGACAGCGGAGUGUACUCCCGGUCAGGACCGAGCAGCUCGGAGACGCCUUCGUCGUGCUCGAGCCUGCCAACGGGUCCGGUGGCCCGGACUCAGAGCGAGGGCACGGAGCAACAUCAUCCUCCCAGGCCGCAGUUCUUGAAGCAGCAGAGCACGCCCGUCACACCGGCCGAGAGGAUUCGUGCUGUUUCCAGAAGCGAUCUCAUCAAGGAAAAACUGAAAACUAAUACAGCCAUAUUCUUUGGUGUACAUGAGAGAAGUGAAGAGACAGAGAAGAAAGUUUGGAUGCGGCGUAGGAUGAGGUUGGCCACAAGGUGUUAUGGAGAACUUAAGGCUGAAUGUCAACCAACUGCUUAUUCUGCACCAGGUACUGACACGGGUAUGAAGGAUGAGACUGACUUGAGGUGGGAUGGUACAAUAGAACCCUCGCCACUACGUCAAAAGCCUUCUGUCGCAAGCAUGACAUUCAAGGGUGUUGCUAUACUAGCUGCUGCCCUCAACAAACAAAGAGGAGAUAUCGGUAGACAGCGGCAAACUUCUAGAAGUUAUUCACCAUCGACACUUGGUGGUUCAACAAUCCCUCAAUCUCCAAUUGAUGAUGAGGUAUUUUUUGAAAACGGAAAUGUUGAAGAUACAAGAUUAACAGCAGCAGCUCCAGCUGAUUUUGUUGAUACUACUGCUGAUCUAUUUAGAUCAAUCCACCAUCCAGCUGGGAGCAGUGGGGAAAGGCACGGCUCAUGGAGGAGGUCAAUGGAAGGAAGGAGAGAAGGCAGUUCCCAAGUAGGAUUGAGUCGAAUACAUGGAAUAGACCUUGAUCAAGCUCAUGAUAAUUCAGAUAGACGACAACAUGGUCAGGGUAUAUUUCAGAGACUGUUUGGACGGUCAUUAAAGAGAUCUGUUCUUAACAAUGAGCCAGUAAAGGAACAAUUGGAAGAUCUUGAGGAUCAUAGGCCAUACUUUACAUAUUGGCUCUCUACAGUUCAAAUCCUCAUAUUAGUUAUAUCUCUUAUUUCUUAUGGCUUUGGGCCAUUUGGAAUGGAUCUCAGUCAUCAGUCCGGGCUGGUUCUGGUCACCAGUCUUUCACUGCAGCAAGUUGACUACACUGAACCUGCCAACUUCUGGCUUGGACCGAGAGCUGCUGAUCUCAUUCAUCUUGGAGCAAAGUUUGCACCAUGUAUGAGAAGGGAUGCAAAAAUUAUAAAAGAAAUCGAAAAAGGUCGAGAAAGAGAACGUGAGACUGCUUGUUGUAUUCGUAAUGAUGACUCUGGUUGUGUUCAAUUAUCAAAAACUGAUUGUUCUAGCACGAUAUCAACAUGGAAAAAAUGGACAAAGCCCCCUGAUUCUAAUUCAGGUGGACGGAUAUCAGGAUCUGUUUGUGGCUUAGAUCCAAAGUACUGUGAGGCUCCAGCUUCUGUAGCCCCAUAUGAAUGGCCAGAUGACAUAACUAAGUGGCCUAUUUGUAGAAAGACAUCAUCCCCCGUUCAAAGGUUAAGGACCAAGGAUAAAUUAGCUGCUGAACACAUGGUGUGCGAAGUUAUUGGGCAUCCAUGCUGUAUAGGUAUUCAUGCAACUUGCAAAAUUACCACAAAAGAGUAUUGUGACUUUGUUCAUGGGACUUUCCAUGAUGAAGCCUCUCUUUGUUCCCAGGUGUCAUGUCUGGAUGAUGUGUGUGGAAUGCUCCCAUUUUUGAAUUCUGAAGUACCAGAUCAGUUUUACAGACUUCUUACAUCAAUAUUUCUGCAUGCUGGCAUCAUACAGCUUGCUAUUUCAUUACUGAUCCAAUGGUUCCUCAUGAGGGACUUAGAAAAAUUGACUGGAACAGCUAGAUUGAUGAUCAUAUACAUUGGAUCUGGAGUUGCUGGUAACCUCGCAUCUGCUAUUUUCAUACCUUACAGAGCUGAUGUGGGUCCUGCUGGAUCGCAGAGUGGACUACUAGCCUGCUUAAUAGUGGAAAUAUUAAACAUCUGGCCAAUGUUGCGCCACCCAUAUCGAGCACUUUUUAAGCACCUAGCAAUUGCUGGAAUGCUAUUUGUAGUUGGUCUUCUCCCUUGGUUUGACAACUUUUCAUCAUUUUUCGGUUUUCUAUUUGGAUUUCUUCUUUCAUAUGCUAUUCUUCCUUUUGUUUCUUUGGGAGAAUAUGACCGGCAGAAAAAAAUCUUUAUGAUAUGGGUCUGCCUUAUAACAACCGUGUUUCUUUUUCUUCUUUUAGUCCUUUUUUUCUAUGUAAUUCCUGUCUAUGACUGUGAAUUCUGCGGCUAUUUCAAUUGCCUUCCUUUGACAAGGGAUUUCUGUUCAGCCCAGAAUAUCAACUUUAAAAGAACAGAUUCUCCAGUAUGA